AUGAACCAUAUGUUCAGCAAUUUGAGGACCAAAUACGACAAUGUCGCGAGUCAUAUGAGGCAGAUGGACAUUCAGAUUGCUCAGACUGCUGAGAGCGUCAAGAGGCAACAAGGUACUCUACCUGGGAAAACCGACAAAAACCCUAAGGAGAGCAACGUGGUUGAGUUGAGAAGUGGAAAGCAACUCUCUGAGCCGGUAAAGAAGAGGUUCACUGCGGCAGAGAAGGGGAAGCAGAAAGAGUCGGAACAACCACCGGCCGAUGCCCCGGCAGCUGAGAAGGAGAGGGAACCAACAGUUGGAACCAAUUCGCCAGAACCAGAACAACCAGCUGAGGCUGCCCGCCCGAUUCCAGAGCCUGUUUCUACUCGCGAAUACACUACUAAAGUCCCUUACCCGGUUCCAGCAAAGGCUACUCGUCAGGACCGAGAGGAGAUGAAGUGCAGAAAGAUGCUGGAGGACCUAACCGUCCGACUCCCUUUGAUGGAUGUGAUCCAGAUGAUGCCCUCCAUGCGCAGCUUUAUGAAGGGAUUGAUCUCAGGAAAAAUAUCAGAGGAGAGCGAAUUCAUGACUGUCUCUAAGGAGUGCAGUGCAGUGCUUCAGAACAGGCAGAUAAAGAAGCGAGGAAACCCUGGUAAGUUCGUCCUCUCUAUCCAAAUUGUGAAGAAAAUUUUCUCAUGCUCCUUGGUUGAUCUGGGAUCCAGCGUAAACCUCAUGCCCUACUCUGUAGCACGACGUCUGGGAUACACACAUUUUAAACCAACUAGGAUGUCCUUGGUGUUUGCGGAUAGAUCAGCCAAGUCCCCGGUUGGUAUUCUAGAGAAUCUCCAAGUAAAAGUCGGGAACACCUCUGUUCCAGCAGACUUCGUAGUUCUAGAGCUAGAAGAGGAAUCCAAAGAUCCUCUCAUUUUAGGAAGACCGUUCCUAUGUACUGUUGCAGCCAUCAUUAAUGUGCGGCAAGGGAAGAUUGAUCUCCAUCUGGGGACAUAG